AUGGAGCCAGCCAGAGAGGAGCAGGGCGGCCGGGCCUUGCUGAGUGCCAUUUCUAAGGGUCAGUUACACUUGGCUCGCUUCUUGCUAGAGGCGGCGGACGGGAGUCUGCUGGAGAGCCGGGACCCGGGGGCUCGGACCCCGCUCAUGUACUCGGUGUUGCUGCCGGCUCCCGCCGCCCGGGCCCGCUUCAUGCGGCUGCUGCUGGAGCGGGGAGCCCGGGUGGAUAGCAGCGAGCGGACGGGCCGCACGGCCCUCAGCCUGGCGUGUGAGCUCGGUUUCCUGGACGCGGUGAAGCUGCUGGUGCAGAGCAGCGCUGACCCGGAGCUGGCUGACCAUCGCGGGGACACCCCGCUGCUGUACGCGGCCGCCUCCGGCCACAGGGACGUGAUCGCCUUCCUGCUCCGGGCCUUCAAGCGCCUGGGUCUCGACAUCGAGCGGCCCAACCGGGCGGGACACACCGCUGGCCAAGUGGCCAGGCUCCUGGGCCAUCGCGACUGUGCCCUGGCGCUGGAGGCAGCGGCCAGGAGAGGGCGGGGGAGAGGCCAGCUCCCACCUGACCAGCUCGCUGGCCAUUCCCCUGAUCACUCCCCUGGCCAUUCCCCUGAUCAUUCCCUUGGUCACCCCUGUGGUCACCCCCCUGGUCAUCCCCCUGUUCAAUCCUCUGGUCCCUCCUGUGGCCACCCCCCUGGUCACCUCUCUGGUCAGCCCCCUGAUCACCCUCCUGGCUAUUUUUCUGGUCACUCGCUUGGCAUUCCUCUGGUCACUCACCCGGACACUCCCUCGGUCAUUUCCUUGGUCACUCCCCUGGUGACCCCCCUGGUCACCCCUGUGGUCAUCCCCCUGUUCAAUCCUCUGGUCCCUCCUGUGGCCACCCCCCUGGUCACCUCUCUGGUCAGCCCCCUGAUCACCCUCCUGGCUAUUUUUCUGGUCACUCGCUUGGGUCUCGAACACCUCCUUGGUCACCCCAGGGCCCCCUUGGCCUUGGACAUGGACAAAGUAGCUCCUUUUGGGGCUGGCCGGGAUGCCAUGGGAUCCAUCGAUGAGGAGAGGGAUCAGGAUGACGGUGCGGAUCUGGCACAGGACCACCCCCCAUCCCACUGGGAACACCGGUCACCUCAGCUCUGCUCGCACAGCCUCCAGGAUGGUGGUGACCCCUGCGCCAGCCUCCUGCCUCCUCUCAGCAGUUUCUCGAAGAUCUGCACCCUCAGAGGGCCGACCCUUUCCUCCCCUCGGCCGGCCAAGAGCGAAACCGAGACCCGGAGGCAGCGGGCGGCGGCUUGGACCCGGGCUAUCCCGGAGAUGUCGACGCCCGCCGAGAGAGGGUCAGCCGCACAAGGCAGGGACUCCCGGGGGCUGACCAGUUACUUCCAGAAGAGAUGCAGCCUCCCCACCAAAGCCCUGUCUCCCUACCCACCAGAGAAGCAGCCCCCCUCCAGCAAAGCCAAGGACUCGCCCAGUACUAGCUAUGCCACCUUCACUGUCCUGGGCAGCCGACUCCUCAGGCGCUUUACUUUCCCCAAUUUUGAGACGUGGAACAAGCCCCAGGGCGCAGAGCCUGCCUGCAGGCUGCCCCGAUCAGAGACUUUCCCAGUCAGAAAGGACCACCCGCAGAUCUCCAACAAGCCCAGCAUCGACAGCAUCAGUGCAGUCCAGUGCGAAUUCCCAUUCUUAAAUAAAUCUUAAAGCUUAGGGGAGACUGGCCGUGCCAAACCAACGAAAGAAAAAAUGCCCCACAGUAUCCAAGGAUGUGCGGGUCAGCCACGGGGAAUACCCCGUGCGGAGUAGCGGGAAUUGCGCGGGAUGCUCUAUCGGAGGGGAUGUGCAGCCUCGAUGGGCGGAAUGACCUGCUUCCGCGCUGUAGGGAUUCUACAACUCUGAACAAAACAAAA